AUGUACGAAAACUCUGUUCGCCUUGCUGCAUGCGUUGUGCUGCUAUGUUUUGUUCUCCCCACGGCGGUAUACACCACGGACGGCAGGCUGGUGCGUCAUGUUGAAGACUUGUCGCAGGAAUUCAAUUCUUUGAAAAUUGAGUACUUGAACAUGCUGCGAAAAAUUGAAAAAUUGGACGUUACCCUAGCAACGCAAGAUGAAGCUUUACAAGACACAUGGUUCAAGAUGGGUAGACUAGAAGAGAAGGUAGAUCGACAAACCUCGGAGUUACAGGAGACAAAGGCUACGAUAAAAGAGCAAAAAGCUAGAAUCGACUACUUGGAAGAGGUUGAAAAUACUCGUAGGCUCAUGCAUUACGGGAAUGGCGGCGGGUUUACCCGGAGCAAGCCCAUGCGACUUCACAGGCCCGAAAAAAGAACGAACGUUAUGAGGGAAGUUGUCAAGAAACAAAACACCGGGAACGUGGCAUUUUCGGCGACGCGGACAUCACCGCUCUUAGGCGAUAGCAGCGAAGCACAGAACAUAACAUUCGACCUGGCGUUCGUCAAUGAGGGUGACGAUUUUGACCUGGAUACGGGAAUAUUCACUUGUGAAGUUGAGGGGACAUAUUACUUCUCGUUCACGAUGCGUUCCUACGACGCAAAACACAUCGGUGUUAUCUUGAUGAAGGGCAAUGAAGGCGUAGUUUCCAUGGCUACCGACGCAGACGACAGGAGCGUCAUGCAGACACAAAGUGUAAUGUUAACGCUAAGUGUCGGUGAUCUCAUUUAUCUUAGAUUGACGCCAUCAGAGGACUUUGCGAUUUAUGGAAAUUCUUUCAACUAUAUAACGUUUAACUCCUUUCUCGUAUUUGCGUAA